GCGGAAGUGACCGGCCCGUGCCAUCGUUCGCCGUUGGCCUCGGAUUCGUUCAGGCGGGCGGUGCUGGCUAACUUCGCGCAGUACUGCGACAAGUAUUAUUUGCUCAUUUCGAAAAUCGUGUCCAUCCUGGAUUCGUUCGUACCCAAAGAGAUUGCCGGUGCCGGAGGCUGCAACCUUGCUGUGACUCAUGAUGCGGAAGCUCGCAGUGUGCACAUCAUUUACGGAGAUGUCAUUGAACUCGCCGUGUCGUCAGUGGAAUCCGGUCCAGAGUGCGACGAAGACGAGCACUGCGACGAAGUGGACCAAAACGUGGCCUACGAAGUGAUGGAGGAAAUUUUGGUAGAAACGAUAACGGAAGAUUCAUCACCCGGCGCUCAUUCUGGUGAGAUUGUGAUCCAGAUAACGGCGGAAGAGGAAUUGAGUACAGCACGGAACGUAGACGCGGAAAUGAAACCACCCAAUGAAGUCACCGAUCCGAAGUACCGAUGUCAGUUUGUCAACUGCCCGAAAACGUUUAGGCUUGCUAAAGAAUACGUGGCACACCAAGAUAGCACCCAUCCGUGGCAGAUUGACGGAGAAGUUAAGGUUCGCUGCAAAUUCCUUUCCUGCGAUGCCCGUUUCAACAGUAUUCCCCAGCUUCAGGCCCACCACGUGGGGCAUCGGUUGACGGAAAGGGCACCGAAAAAGCGUAGCACCCGGAAAGGCCGGGAAAUUAGCAUUCGUGGCCGGUGUUGCGAGCACUGCCAAGCCGUCCUGAAACCGCACGUCAACGUGUACAGUCAACACUGUCUGGAGGAGCACGAUUGUACGCCAUACACGUGUCCGCUGUGUAACGAACCCUUCCAUCUGCAGUCACACCUCGGUGACCACCUGAAAUCGGCCCACUCGCUCGAAGCGCUGGAACGCUUGCUGGCGCACAGUCUUUGGCGUGAGUUCACGAUCGAUGAGCAACGGUUGGCCGAAUGCCGAUUCUGUUAUCGCGUUUUCCCCGUUCAGUCACUGUCCGUUCACGUCCGUCGCCAUCGCAGGGAACUGCAGCAGUGCUGUCCACGGUGUGGCGGAGCUCACUUUGUAGCGUGUUGCAACCUUCCGAAGCCAAAGCGCGCGAAAAGUUGGGAGAAGCUUCACUGCAACGAGUGCGAUCGUUGGUUUUCGAAGAAAAACUUCAAAGAGCACAUGGUCACGCACACGCACGAGCGGAACUUCCCGUGCACAGUUUGUAAGAAAACGUUCAAAGUACGGCGGACCGCGUCCCGGCACAUCCAGAGUCAUGUGAAUGCAGCAAACAGCAAACGAUCGUGCUACGAUUGUGAUACGGUGGUCGAGAGUGAAGCGCACAUUGUGGACCAUUACCAGGCCGAGCAUCCGACGCUGCAACCGUACCGAUGUCCGAUCUGUGGCAAAGGAUUUUUCCAGAAGUCGCUUCUGGCUGACCACUGCCACGCUCAUACGGAUGGCGAGCGGCGUGAGGUUUCGGUGAAGGAACCGGUGGCCACUUACACGCUCGGGAAGGCACAGGUAUUCGAGUGCACCCUGUGCCGACGAAGCUUCUCAACGAAACGGUGCACGAUUGCCCACUUGAUCGUACACACCGAUCGGCCACACGUUUGCCGGGUGUGCAAUCUUUCCUUCCGGUUGCAAGCGACCCUUGACGAUCACAUGAAGGAUGUGCACCAACGCAAAUACGAAACCGCCACGACCGAGUAG